UUACAAGAACCAUUACCCACACAGCAUCAGGAGCAAGCUGUCAGGURCGAAAGGAAACAACUGCUACACCUCCGCGACCUCCAAUUUUGUAAUGCAGUAAAUCGUUAUUGACCAUGUCGAAUCUUGACAACUAUCCGAURGCGAGAAAAGCUGACGCAUAUCGUUUUCUUUCGUCUACCUUUUUUUUGCCUUCGUUUACGUUCGAAUAAACAUGACAUGUUUUUGCAAAAGGUCCACGAUUUUGGUGCCUGUUUACUAUCCUACAAGACGGGUGCCGGUAGAGAAUGCGUAUUUCUCUCUCGCGAUGCGAAGCUUGAUGGUUCUAAAGCAGUCCGUGGAGGUAUCCCGUUGGUCUUCCCACAAUUUGGCCAGCCAGACAAAAGCAUGCCCCAGCAUGGUUUCUUUCGAACUAAUUUUUGGAAGGUAGACGAAUCCUCUGUGUUCGACAACGAAGAGAGUGCUGGUAUUACGUACACGUUGGAGUUGAAAGAUGUUAARAACUCCAGGGGAGGACUCUGGGACGAGAACACUGAAUUCGAUUGUUCCUGUUCGUAUCAUGUAGAAAUCACUGGUAAAACUUUUUCGACCAGAAUCGAAAUAAAGAACACGGGUGGCAAAGAAWUCCCAUUCCAAACCCUUUUGCACACGUAUUAUUUGGUGGACGGAAAAGCUGCUCUGGAUGGUUCCAAUUGCUACGUGACGGGAUUGGAAGGUAUGUCAUCAUGCGYAUGUUUCUCAAACACAAUCACUCCUUGAAUACKUCUGAUUUGUUUCUCAAUUUUGCAAAAUACUACUACUAAUUUUGAUAGGUUAUGCUGUGUCCGACAAAGUUUCCGGUGCCGAAUAUACUAUGGGAAGUGAUCCUAUCGUGAUCGAAGGUCUCACUGAUCGUGUCUAUACUCCUGCAGUAGGAAAGGAUGUUGUCGACGUAGUGGUCGGUGUUGGAGAGGGAAAAGYUAUCAAGGUUACAGCUUCAGGAAAAUGCAGCGACAAAGAUGUUCCCGUUUCUUGCGUUGUAUGGAACCCAAAUAARGAAAAAGCCGCCGGCAUGUCCGAUUUUGGUGACGAUCAAUAUCAUGAUAUGAUUUGUGUCGAACCUGGAAUUCUAACUGACACCGUAAAAAUUGGAAUAGGCGAGUCUGCAUCGCUGAUCCAAACCACAGAGAUGCUUUGAAGUUYUAAUGUARCUUGAGCRUUAUUCAGUUUUCUAGCUUCCAAGCCUUAACGACUGAAUAAUUCCAUCUUAGCCGU